AGGAAAAUUGGGAGGAGUGUCCGGGGGGCAGCAACUUGAAAGGGGGAGGGAACUUCGUGAGGAGACGUUCGGUGAUGGGAGCGCAAUGUAUGAGGGGAUACGGUGCCUCAGGUUUAAAAGAGCAGGAAGCUGAGUGAGAGGGUGCAGAAAGUGCCUUCGCUACGCGGAGGUUACAGGUGGUGCCUCAGUGCGCUACUUGGAGGCUGCAUCCCGUAGUCGGGAAGGGGAUCGGAGAACUCAGUGGAAGGGACAGUUAGGGGACUAGAGUCCUGCGUUCUUGACUUUCUGAGAACAGGCAGGAAUGUGCCUCCUGGCCCUCGUUGCUUCCCCACUGAGGGGAGGCAUGGUGAGGGACUGUGGCAGGCUCCACUGAACGCUGAGCUGCAGAGGUUCGACUCCACGUAUGGAUCCAGAGAAUAAGUCAGCCACAGAGGCUGCCGCGAUCAUAGACCUCGAUCCCGACUUCGAACCCCAGAGCCGUCCGCGAUCCUGCACCUGGCCCCUUCCUCGACCAGAACUCACCACGGAGCCACAGGAGCCGUCCGAGGUGGCGCCCACUCUGGGACAGAAGGUACACUCGGAGGGACACUCCGAACCAAUCCUGUUGCCCUCUCGGCUCCCAGAGCCGGCAGGGGGCCCCCAGCCGGGAAUCCUGGGGGCCGCAACAGGUCCUCGGAAGGGAGGCUCCCGCCGGAAUGCCUGGGGAAAUCAGUCAUAUGCAGAACUCAUCAGCCAGGCCAUUGAAAGCGCCCCGGAGAAGCGGCUGACACUCGCCCAGAUCUACGAAUGGAUGGUCCGCACGGUGCCCUACUUCAAGGACAAGGGUGACAGCAACAGCUCGGCAGGAUGGAAGAACUCCAUCCGUCACAACCUGUCCUUGCACAGCAAGUUCAUCAAGGUUCACAACGAGGCCACUGGCAAGAGCUCUUGGUGGAUGCUGAACCCCGAGGGCGGCAAGGGUGGCAAGGCACCCCGCCGCAGGGCUGCCUCCAUGGAUAGCAGCAGCAAGGUGCUCCGGGGCCGCAGCAAAGGCUCCAAGAAGAAACCAUCUGUCCCGCCAGCUCCACCUGAAGGUGCCACUCCCAGGAGCCCCCUGGGUCACUUUGCCAAGUGGUCCGGCGGCACUUGCCCUCGCAAACGAGAAGAAGCUGAUGUGUGGACCGCUUUCCGUCCACGAAGCGGUUCGAAUGCUAGCACUGUCAGUACUCGGCUGUCACCAAUGGGGCCAGAGGCUGAGGUGCUAGCAGAAGAGGAGAUGCCGGCCUCGACCAGCAGCUACGCAGCGGGUGUCCCUCCCACCCUCAGUGAAGAUCUAGAGCUGCUGGAUGGGCUCAAUCUUGUAUCUCCUCAUUCCCUGCUGUCUAGGAGCAGUCUCUCCGGCUUCUCUUUGCAGCACCCUGGGCUCGCUGGCCCUUUACAUAGCUAUGGCGCCUCCCUCUUUGGCCCAAUAGAUGGGUCUCUGUCAGCAGGAGAUGGGUGCUUCUCAAGCUCCCAGUCUCUGGAGGCUCUGCUCACCUCUGAUACACCACCACCUCCUGCUGAUGUUCUCAUGACCCAGGUAGAUCCUAUUCUGUCUCAGGCUCCUACACUUCUGCUGCUGGGAGGAAUGCCUUCCUCUAGCAAGCUGGCUACAGGGGUUAGCCUAUGUCCUACACCUCUAGAGGGUCCAGGUCCCAGCCACCUGGUCCCCAACCUUUCUGUGAUGGCACCGCCGCCAAUCAUGGCAGGGGCUCCUAUCCCUACAGUCCUGGGCACCCCUGUGCUCACGCCUCCUGCUGAAGCUGCCGGCUAUGACAGAAUGCCUCAGGAUCUAGAUCUUGAUAUGUAUAUGGAGAACUUGGAGUGCGACAUGGAUCAUAUCAUCAGUGACCUCAUGGAUGGCGGUGAGGGGCUGGACUUCAACUUUGAGCCAGAUCUCUGAGUCACAGCCAGAAGCUUUGUCCCCUGCUUCAGAAGGUGGAGGUGGAGCCAGACGUGUCCUUAUCAACUUUAUCCCCCUGAGCCCUCCUGAGGAGUUUGGAACCCUGCUUUCGAGCUAGGGUUUGGUGGUCACACACUCAAGUGUUGAGACAAUUCUAAAGAUAAAGCUAUGGCGUGUAGGGAUUGUAGAGGAGAGUGGUAGGAGGAAGGAGGGAAGAAAGCUUUUUCUCACUGUGCCAAUUAGGGGUAUCUAUGGCUCUUUCUCAGGAGCCAUCAUUGAUUUCCCCAUCCCCACCUCCUAGGCCUUGAUGUAGCAGGGGCCAGCAGUGCUGUUAGAAAUGUGAAGUCACAAGUGGCCUUAUUGCCCUGCCUUUGGGAGCAGGAUUAUCUUUCUUUUUUUUUUCUUUUGUAGAGAGUCUUACUAGAGCUGGGCCAGGUUCCAUUGAGCCUGGAUUU